UAUUGUGCAAAGAGAAGAGAAGAGAUGUAAACUAAGGAAGGAGGUUUAAGUGUUCUUCUUUGUAAUUGUGAAGAGCUGGUGUUUUACGAGUGUUUUCUGUAUCUUGUUUACUCGUGUCCGAACAAUGCAUAAACCCAUAACACUCUGUCUCGUAAGUGACAGGCAUUGGUCAUAAGAGUGCUGAGAGAACGAAGUAGACUGUUACCUGUAAAACAAAAACUCAUCGUUCGGUUUUUUUGUGGGGGAAAGUCUUUGUUGGCAAUGAUCAAAUAUCUAACCCAUAAACUACGAACACAAUCACUGACUGAAAGCGAUCAUUUUCAAUCAAAGCCACAAGAAGACAAUGACAGAGACUCCGGCACGGAAUCUGACGACGAAGGAGCUGAAGUCAAAGAACUUCAAAAAUAUAUGGAAAACGGAAUACAUCACGAGGUAAAGAGGGAUAGACAUCGAGUCGUGAGAAGUCCUCCGGCAGAUACUGAUGAGCCUGGAGACACUAGUAGUGAGGGAAGGCAGCAGCUAUCUCGAGCCUCCAAGACUGACGUGGAUAGCCCCUUACCAGAGUCGAUUCUAGACUCUGCCCUCCCCAGUGACAGUGACCAUAACUUUGAUCACCACAGCUCGGAGGAGGAGCUGGAAGUGAUAAACUGUACCAGUAGUCUGAUCACCAGGGGGAGAAGUAACACCUAUCCUGAGAAGAGAAAGUGGUCUCAGGCAAACUGUUGUAGCGCUGCUGAAAACUCGGGCUCAUCUGAUGAUGAGGUGCGGGACCUUAUGUGUUUCUCAGCUCCUGUGGAGUUUUGUGCUUCCCCACCUGCAAACGUACACAAGCCCAGCCAGUCUCUGUCCCCACCACCCAAAGUGUUUCAUUCAGCCGCAGCCAACAUCCCGGCUUUUGAGGUAUGUUCAGUGUCACCCCGUAACAAUUCUCCGAAGAAGAUACAUCGACAUGCUGCAACCAACAGAGUUAGAAGGGACAACGUUCAACGGCCAUGUCUAGACUUUGAGAAAAUGCAGCAGAAACUUGCCAAGAAACGAAACCUUCAGAUGGGAAAGGUAAAACAGAUGAGAUUAACGGAUUGAAAUUUUAUCUCUCCUCUCUGACUUAAACCCAAGAACAACCACAUGGUUGGAUUAUCGCAUCCUGUGGUCAGCGGUUCGUCAUUUCCGGUUCAGCAUGCUUUGUGACGUCAUUAUUUUUGUUGUGACACCGGAGAGACACCUAGUCGGAAGACUGUGAUACAUAUGACUAUUCUUGCAAUAGGUCAGCGUUUUUGUUCUGCUUGUCCUGCAAAGGGUGAAAUACCGUGGUAUCUGUAUUUAACGUGUUGCUUGGUUAUGUAAAAUAAAAAAAAAUCUUUAGUAGAAAUAUUUGCUUAACCGAUUGAAGCGUUAUAAUGAUGAUAACGUUCUGACUUCGUGCUCUUGAGCUUCUCUGGUUGGAGGUGUGGACUCUUGAAGUUUUGUCGUCCCAGCUAGCCUAGCUGAUUUUAUUGGCCAAGUUUGUCUGAUAACUCUUUGUUAUUUUCUGAAACAAUCUAGAUAUUUUGGUAGCUAUGUAGAACUUUCAUUGUUGUUACUACAUUUUAUAGUCGUCUUUUUUGGUAUAUAUUAUUGUGGAUAAAAAGAUAAACACACAAAAAAAAUACCUAAGUAGUAUAGGAAUAUUUCGAAAGUGUUGUCAAAUAUAUAUAUUGAUAUAUAUAUAUAUAUGGAUAUUUUUAUGCCAGUGCGGUUCACUGAACAUCUGUUUCUGAUCUUGAUGUUGUUCAAAUUUAUUUUGUAAAAAUGACCCUUACUAUGUGAUGUGCUGUUUGUCACACCACAUUUUAUUAGUUUUUGUUUUUAUGAUGAAAUAAUAAAAAGCAUUUCCGAAACCUUAACAGGAGAUAUGAAAACAAUUUACAUAGAUAACAAAUUACAUGAAAUAUUAUGUCAGUGGUGAUUUACUUAUUUUUUACGGCGAAUAAAUGAAUGAAAAACAGGAGAAUAGUUUUUUAUGUUUAAGUUUCCCAUUUCUUGAGUCCUGUAAUUUAUGUUAAGCUUCAAAGAUACGGUGGUUUCUCGCACAUAAUAUUUUGAAACCGUUAUCUUACAUUUACGGACUUUUAAAUGAACAAAUUAAACGUGUUUUUUUCUCUCUCGAUAUUUCGUGAAUUAUCUGUAAGAAUACUCAUGCUAUGGGAUAUUUUUGUUGUUUGUGCAGUUCUUUUUGAGAUUGAUAAAUCUCACAUUCGCAAUUUUUUAAAUGCAAAAAUAGUUGAAGUUUUUCAGUUUUUUUUUGUGGAUUGCGUAUAAGAACAUCGACGCUAUGGAAUAUUUCCAUUGUUUGUGCAGUUCUUUCUAAGAUUGUAAAAUUAAAGUGUAUAGGAAUAGAAAUGUUUUUCAUGAUUUCCAAGUUAAAACUUUUAACGCUAAUAAAAUGUAUAACUGUUUGACUAUCAUCUCAACAGAAACUAACUGCAGGCGGGAAGUGUUGUGAUCUUAAUUUUAGAUUUCUCAAGUUGUAUAUUCCAUAAAUAUAGAACGUUUUCCUUUAUUAUUAUUUCUAUGAUUAAUUAUGGAUUAGUUCUUAUUCUUUACUUAUACAGUUUUCCUUUUAGACAUCUUGAGGCACAAAGACACUUGACGAUUUUGAUUUCAGUCUGUGAUAUUGGUUUACUUGGUGGAAAAGAAUUCCUUACUUUUAGAGAUGUGUGGUCUAGUCGUUACUUACUUAGUGAUUUAAAGAUUGUUGUGUAAACAUGUUAUACUUGUUGAAAGGUACAAAUAUAACUUCUUAAGAAUCUCCAAACAGUUUGCGGAUUGUACAGGGAACCUUCUUACUUUUGUUUUUAACGAAAUCUGUUUUCUCUGAUCUAUAAUCCUUUCAGAUUUUUAAGUGCAUUAAAGGAUGCAGAAGGUAAUGGGUAUUUAACAUGUUUUAUUUACCCUUUAGUCAAUGUGUAAUAAAGUGAAGCAUGAAGUUAAUGUUAGGAUUGAAGUUGUUUCCAUUUUAUUUAUAAAAUAUAUACCUGAAAUAAUCCAGGACAAAUAAACUCAUAUUCAGUUCGCAAAAAUAUACUAAAUCAAUUUGACUUAACUUUAAUACGUUCACCUGAUCAUAAACACACCUAACAUCUUGCCAAUUGUGCUUAGCGUACAAACACGUGUUUAUUUUAUAGUCGUGGUAUUCAAGUGUAAUUUGCCAUAGCUUCAUGAAUAAAGAGUAUUUUGAUAUAGAUAUUGCGGUGUAAAUAUUUAGUAUUUUAUUGCUUGGUGGAAAAACAUAGUUUAUUGUAAAGUUGUUUAUAUUUUGGAAACAACCACGACAGCUCUUCAAACUUUCGAUAAUGUCAUAUAGUUUUAAGGUAAGAUUGAACUUACAAGACAUGAGAUUUGUAAGCACUUAAAGAAAGGGAUUUUUUUUACAGUUUUUAGAUAUAUAGUAGUUUAUGUGACGUACAGUUUGUAGAUUUGUCAUUAAGUGUAACUGUGUUUUAUAUAUAGUUGUGUCGAUGUUUAUAAUACUCUAAUACAAUAGAAUAGGUUGAAAAAUGUGAAUUGUGAAAUAAGUCUUUUAAUAUAUUUAUAGCCGUGUAGCCAGGCUGUGAACUUUUCCUCUUGUAUAUGGUCGUUUUAGAAUAUAUUGUUGUAUAUCAGGCUAUGUUGUAAUUUUAAAUAUUGUUGUCUAUCAGGCUAUGUUGUAAUUUUAAAUAUUGUUGGAACAUCUUUUAGUCACUUUUUAUCGCUGCAUGUCGCUAUCUUAUAAGUGUUUCCGUUCAUGUUAUUUCUUACGUAAAACGAUAUUGUAUCUUGUAAGAUCCGUGACCAUGUGCUCAACCCGAUAGCAUCUUGUAACGGAAGACACAGCUGUUCUGAUUAGUAAUGAUUAUUUGCACUUUCAUAGACGCGAGAAACUAGAUCAACGACCGUUUCACUUGUAUUAUUAUUAUUAGUAGUAGUAACAGUGUGUAAGAACGCCGUCAACUCUCUUUAGAAUAGCCCGUUAUUUCUUAAUGUUUUCUUGGGUAAGUGUGUUGAAACGAAACACAAAAAUGGUAUUAGAUGUAUUACGUUUCAAACACAUUUGGGCGGCAGACACGCGGAGGGUGGGUAAAAAUUACAUCCUCUAUUACACCUGUGAUGUGAUUUGAGGCACAUGCUUAAACAGGACCUGAUGUUUAGUAUUUUAAAAAUAACAUUGAGUGAUGUAUGAAAAGUUGCACCGUUAUUUUCCGAUCACAUUUGUUUUUUACAGCAGCCUUGGUCAUGGCAAGUUAGCUGUCCUGUGACUUACCAUGGUAACAGUUAUUUUGUGUGAAGAGAAACGUAUGCAAAAUACCUAAGCUGGCGAAACAUUGAGGUUUUUAAGCCUAACAAAAGGAAUAAGAUCGGCCUGACAGCUGAUUUUUUUCUUCUUGUCGGUCUUUCACAGGUUUUGAACUCAAGGUGCGUGAAAAUAAAUAUGUAGAGGACUAAUUAAAAACAAUAAAUAUAAAAAAUAUCUACAGUUAAUCGUGAUUUGAUCGCUUUUAUAGAUAUUUAUUAAACGAUGCUACAGGUAAGCAAUAAUUAUUUUCAAUAAUA